GUCACCGCGCACGGCCCAACCGCCGGCGUCGCCCCGUCUCCCUUCCGCCGCCACGUGACCAGACCGAAAUGGAAGAUGUGAGCUCCAAAAGGGUCAGCGAAUUCUUGCAGAAAUGCGUCAAGCUAGAGGAUAGCGAAGGGGACGCCCAACCCAAGGAGGAGAUCAUAGAAGUGCAAACACUCCCUAUCCUUGCACCAUCCUACCCUCAGACAGUACAAGAGGAAAUAUCCAUGGUCUUCAAUACCUGCGCGAUGCCAGCCAGCCUGGGUCCAUGCACCAGGCGGAGGCGCGAGAAAGGCAGUAGCCACGACGGGACGAGCGCCUCCCUCUACGUCGACCGCCGCAAAUCCAAGGUGUGGAACUACUACACAAAGCUGGGGGAUGCCUAUGUGGAGUGCAACGUCUGCAAGAAGCAGCUCUCCUUCCACAACAGCACCACAACCAUGAGGGAGCACCUCGUGAGGAAGCACAGCAUCCGCGACACCCUGCUUUCUCAGCUGAAGGACGACCAGGUGUCCGACCCCGACUACGUGGCCCAGGAGACGGCGAUAAAAAGGGCCCGGCAGCUGACGCCCGAAAACAGCAACCAAUACCACGCCGUCUCCUGCGCAGAACCCAGGACGGACGUGAUUCUGGAGCUAGUGCUGGAAAUGAUCUUCCGGGACCUGCACCCUCUCUCGGUGGUGAAGGACAAAGGCUUUGGCCUUCUGAUUGGCUACCUAGAACCUAGCUUUAUUCUCCCGUCCCCGAUGCAGCUCUCUAGCAUGUUGUGGCACCGGUACAAUGUGGUCAAGCAACACCUAGAACACUACCUGCAAACGGCCCAGUCGAUUGUGAUCUGUGCUGAGUUCUGGCUGUCCCAGCCCAACCAGACCUACUUGACCAUCAUGACUAACUUUAUCGAUGGGGAGUGGAGGCGGGCGAGGUGCAUCUUGGAGACCCAGCAGGUGCACGAGGACAAAGGAGAGAGUAACUUGGGAGACCGGCUGUACUCAGUCCUGACGGACUUCGGGCUGUCCAACAAGUCUGUCUUCUGUGUGAUGCACGACAGCCUGCAGGAUUUGGGGGCCAACUCCUCGCAACUCAAGUGCAUCUACGGCUGGACCAGCCUGUGCUGUGCUGCCCACCUGCUGCACCUGUGCGUCAAGGCGGGUCUCGAAGUGGAGCAGGUGCAAGAGGCCCUGAGCGCUGCGCGCAGCAUCGUCUGCUACUUCCAGCAGGACGCGAAGGCCACCUGCUCACUCAACAGCAAGCUGGAAGCCAUCAACAAGACGAAGCUGAAGUUGGUGAUGGACACUGGGGCUCGGUGGAUAACCACCAUUGAGAUGUGCGAGUGCCUGCUGGACCUCAAGUGGGCUAUCAUGUCCGUGUUGGAGGAGCACCCCAAGGGAACGACGGUGGUCCAGAACUUGGCCGACCACCAGUGGAAGCUCUUGCAGGACCUGGUGCCCGUUAUGAGAACACUCAAGAUCGCCACGUCCUUCUUGCGGGAGGAGCAGAACUUCUCCAUCUCCUCCUUGAUGCCGUGCAUCCACGGCAUUGUCACAGCCAUCGGGCAGCAAUCGGAAGAAGCAAGCGGCGUCAUCAAGACCGUGGUGAGCAACAUCAGGUCGGAGCUCACCCAGCGCUGGGGCAUCUUGGAUGACGAGAAGUUGCUGGAGAGCCCAGCAGUGGUGGCAUCAUUCCUGGACCCACGUUUCAAGGAAAUGAGGUUCCUGAGCCCCAGCCUGAGGAGCGAGCUGCACAAAAAGAUCAAGAGCAUGCUCUCCCAGUUCUUCAACCACCAGUCCCCGCUGUCCAACCAGUUCUGGGUGCCGAACGCUGACUACAAAGCAGAGGUUGGCGAAACGGCCUGCCAGAUCUCUGCCCAUAAGGAGAGAGGCCCGAGCGGGCAGUCUCAGAGUAUGUACGACAUCCUUUUGGGGAAGGACCCCACGGAGAGUAUGCCUGAGAUCCAUCAGCAGCUGGAGAACUACAUUGUGGAGCCUCUCUGCAAGCGCAGCACGAACCCCUUGGACUGGUGGAAGAACAAUGAACACCGCUUCCCCUCCGUAGCCAGGUUAGCCCGGCAAUACCUGGCCAUCCCAGCGACGGUCGUGCCACCGGAACAGGCCUUUGCUGCCAGCGAAAGCGCUCUGGAGCACCGGAGAGGUGUGCUUGCUCCUGAGAACCUGGACCAAAUCCUCUUCUUGCAUCAGAAUUUCGAUUUUUUAGAAUCGAUGAGAAAUGGCAAUGAGAAUCUGAGUAAGGCAGUUCACAACCAGUACUGAAAGUCAGGUGUGGCGAGACCUGUGUAUUAUGGUGUGGCCACUACACUGGGAGAUGAGGAGGGAUGCAAAGUCUUGAAAGGGGGACACCUUGGCCCUCAGCUUACUUUAGAGGAGGCACAGGUCUGGGUCUGAUCUUGCCUGCUUAAUUUAAAGAUGAAAGUUUGCCUGCUGUCUAAACUCACCCUUGUUCUUCACCAGGCAUCCCCAAACUUUGGCCCUCCAGAUGUUUUGGACUACAAUUCCCACCUUCCCUGAUCACUGGUCCUGUUAGCUAGGGAUCAUGGGAGUUGUCGGCCAAAACAUCUGGAGGGCCGCAGUUUGGGUGUGCCUGUUCUUCACUGUAGUGGUAUCCCAGCCCACAACUCAAGAGUAGUGUUUUUUCUUGAAAGGGUGUGCUGGACUUGGAGCAGUAAACAGACCAUAGAAGGGCCAUAUCCAACAAUAAUCUCAAAAGAUACAGGUGUGUUUCUGGAAGGCCAACCCUAGCCUGGAGGUCUGUAAUCAACCUAACCAUUUACCUAUCUUAUCCUGGAAAAGAAGGUAAAUAGGGAGAGAAUGUAGAAAUCGCUCCAGAGCUCGUGGGGCUCACUUAGUUUAGUGCAUUAUAAUGCUGUAGUGUGUGUCUUCAUUUUCAUUUGCCUUUAAGGUUCCUAUGAGGCCCUUCCAUUGAGGGAGACAUAGGUGUUUUGAGCCUCCACCACCCCUUUCCCUGUGCUGGAAUCCUGUAAAACAGAGGUGGCUAACCUACCACCCGCCAGAUGUUGUUGGGAUGCAAUUUCCAUUGGCCUUGCCGGCUAGGACUUGAUGGGAGCUGGAGCUCAACAUUUGGAGGUCUGCAGGUGAGCCACACCCUGCCUUAGGAGAAAGUUGUGGCUCUUUCUGCACAUCGGUUUACCAUGUGCUAGUCCCCACGUAAUGCAGGAGGCGGCCACCACUCACACCUCUUCACCCUCAGAGUAAACUAGGUGCUUCUGUUUUUAAAAACGAAAUAAUGCUGGGCUGUGGCAACUCCCCAUAACAACCCUUCCGCAUCAAGACGCCAGGACCAAGUCGGCUGCAGGAAGCCUACACUUCCACCCAGAACGAAGACGUCUGUGCAGUAUAGCUGUACCUUGAGGGUGAGCGCUAAUCCUGUCCUACAGACUUUCCCAGUUCCCUUGCCUUGUACUAAUCGGUGGUGAUGGGAUUCCAGAGGCUCAAAAUGCGCAUGUUUCCACCUGCAGAGGGGAACAUGCAACUUAGUCUGUGAGUGGGUGGUGCGUUUGUUAUGUAGACCCUUCCAGGAAAUCCAUUCAGAUACUCGUAAAGCCAGCCCUCUCUGGGCAGGUCAAAACCUUGUGAUAUUCACACAAAGUGACCCCUUGAUCUGAAGGUGAGAUGAACCUCUUAAGGCUCGUCCACACUCCCGCUUGUCUCGUGCUUACUAGGCGUGGGUCCAGGUGGUUUUGCCUUUGCCCCGCUGCUUUCUCCUGGAAAAUCUGCUCUGCAGCACUGAUUUGGAACAAAUGACAUGGAAUCGUAGAGUUGGAAGGGGCCAAUCCUCUGCAUUCUGGGAAUAUUUUGCCCAACGGAAAGCCCAAUUGUUCCAGUUUAGCAGCAAACUAAAGGUUUUCCUGGAGGAAAGUGGCAAGGCGAACAAAAGUGUGGAUGAACCCCCUAGGCUGAACUGCUAGCAAUGUUUUGUUUUUCAGAUAAUGCUUCAAAGCUGCACCUGAAUUUGGACCAUUGCAAGGGUAGGGAACGGAAAGGACUAGGGCGAGGGUUAAGAAUGACGAAGUAUGCCUUGAAAAGAACUUGCACUGUAGUGCCCUUUUAUAACAAAGCAGACAGCACUGUAGGUAUAUCUCUCUAAGGCUAUUUUCGAAGUGACCCCUGCUGCGCGUAACUGAAGACUGAGCCUUUCUCCUUCGGAAGGAAACCUUUGAUGUCGUUGAUCACAGUUGCACUAAAUGUUUAAAUGCUUUCCCUUGAGGCCGCUUUCUUUUGAGUCGAUUAGCAACGGCAAGAGAGAGUGGAUAUCGCGGAGUCGGAUUCCUUUUUUAAAACGCAUUCGCCGAUUUUAAGUGAGAUGCGAGACUCGGAGUUAUGCUCGCAGGUCGCGUUUUGCAAGUAGCCACACAAGCUAGCAUUUUCACAUGGGGAAAACACCCUCUGGCUGGGGUCUGUGUUCGUAACCCAACCUCUGCAGCAUCCUGGAAGCGUCAAGGAAGAACAGCAACGGGUUAAAAAGAAAGUGUGCCCCUCGACUCAAGAUGUAGCAUACAUGAGCAUGAACCUGUGAGAAGUACUUGCCAGUUCUGGAGUAGCAAUCUCCCACCGAGGGUGACUGAGGGUAGGAGCGUGAACAAUAAAACCAUUAUAAUCGACACAAAAAUACAGAUGCUGAAGAUAUUAUUGACAUAGCCGCCAGAGGCUUGGGAAAAACAGGAACGUCUUUAUGCUGCAGUGAAAUUCCGUAAGUGUCAAGGCCUUCAGUGUCCCUAAGGAGAGGGAGUUACACAGCUGGGGAGCAACUCCAGUUCAACGAAACGCUCCUAGGUGGCUUCCAAUUUUGAGCCCUAUCAUAAAAACGCUUCUCUCCCCCCCACCCCCAAACAUCUUUCAUCUUUCAUUGGUUCAAUGACUAAUGAGGUUUCCUCAGCAAUUAGCAAGCUCUUCUGACUUGCAAAAUUUUGACUUUUCCUCCUUCAGCUCUUCCAGGUUCUGUAACUCUUAUUUGUUCAUCUUUAUGGCUUCAGACUCUUUGUGACCCCCCUGGACCAUAGCACGCCAGGCACUCCUGUCUUGCACUGCCUCCCGCAGUUUGGUCAAACUCAUGUUUGUAGCUUUGAGAACACUGUCCAACCAUCUCGUCCUCUGUCGUCCCCUUCUCCUAGUGCCCUCAAUCUUUCCCAACAUCAGGGUCUUUUCCAAGGAUUCUUCUCUUCUCAUGGGGUCAUGAAGAGUUGGACACGACUAAACAACAACAACAUGGUUUCAGAGGUUUGCCUGUCAUCCUUGUAAGCUGCUCCUGUUUCUUUUGUGGCCAUUUCAGUCUGUCCUGCAAAAGUGGCAGCUCUUUUGCCAAAAUCAUCCUUGCUGUCAGUUAAGGUAUUUCUUGACUGGAGAAUUGGAGAUUCCUCAAUGAACUCCUUUCAAAGGCAUAGACAUUCUUCAUCAUCACUCAGUCUACCAUUUACCAACAUCCCAUCUGGUAUAUGUCGAGUUUAUUACACCAUCUCAUUUUCGCAAAUACUCUCCCAGUCUUUCCUCCUUCACUUCCUUCCUUUCUAAAAAAAAUUAUCAAUUUUUUGCAUAAAAUUUGUACAUCCUUUAAAAUUCAUAUCUUAUACAAUAUUUUUUGGACUUCCAUCAAUUUGGACUUUCCAAUUUUCCUAACAUCUUCUUGUAUUCCAUAAUUCACUAUUACUUUUAAAAAACAAUAACCAUUUUUUUACUAUCUUAACUUUUUCCUGUAAAUAUUUCAUAUCGUUCUCCUCACAAAACUUUUUGCAAACCUACAAGCGUAAUUUGUUGUUUACAAUUGUCUUUCAAAUAUUUCUCAAAUUUAGUCCAAUCCUUCAAGAACCUCUGGUCCCAAUUCUGCGUAGUCCAUUAACUUCAUCUGCCAUUCUUCUAUCGUUGGUAAUUCUUGUUUCCAUUUCUGUGCCAAUAGUACUCUUACUCCUUCACUUUCAAUUCUUCCAACGCAGAGCAAAUUGUAAAACUGUCGGUAUAUAGGAUAGCGUAAUGCAAAGCUCUGUACAGCACAUAGUGUCUGGUUAUCUUGCUGCAGCUGUUUUAGCAACUUGUUUUUAAUACUGUUUUUAAUGCUGUAAUCUACCCUGGGACUAUAGAGCAGGCAUCCCCAAACUGCGGCCCUCCAGAUGUUUUGGCCUACAACUGCCAUGGUCCCUAGCUAAGAGGGCCCAGUGGUCAGGGAUGAUGGGAAUUGUAGUCCAAAACAUCUGGAGGGCCACAGUUUGGGGAUGCCUGUUAAUAGAGUAAAAGGUGGGUAAUAAAUUUAUAAUUAUUAUUAAUUUUUUCGGUCUCUUUUUCUUUAAAGCACUUUUUCUUUUUAAAGACAAACUCUUUAACUGAAGGAUGGAUAAACUAUAAGCAACCUGUUUGGGGGGGCAGGUUCUUUAUGCCUUGCUGGCUUCCAAAAGGUGAACCAAUUGUGUAUACAGCAUGACCAUGUCCUGGCAUUCCCAAUCUGGGGUAGAUCCUCUCGCAACAUCCAUGAUUUUUUAAAGUUUCUUCAGGAACGGAUAAAUAAAUGGCUUGGAGCCAGCACCUUCAAGAGAACAAGUGGCCUCUCUUGAGUAGUGUUUUUUCUUGCCUGGGUGAGGAUCUGAUCUAUAAACAUUUCCUCAAGGCAAUUGUGCAGUCCUACAUCCCGGUCACAGAUUCCUUUCUUGGGACUUAAAUUGGGUUCUCACAAUCCAUAGCUACCUUGUGACCUGAAGCUUUUACAGAGUUGGUUUCAAAGUCAGAGGGACAGCUUGAGUUUAUGAAUGAAAAACUUUAUUUGUGUCAGCUGUCGGCCACAGCAACAACAAAAA